GUUUUAAAUGAAACCGCAAUGGAUACAAGCGCGACUUCAACCUGUGGGAGCCGCACCGCGAUGAACAGCUGAUCCUCCGCGCAAGUGGAUACAAAAAGAAAAAGAAAAAGAAAAAAGAAAAGAAACCCUCGUCCGCCAUGGUCACCGCCGAGUCAUGAUUUCUCCACGCACGCGCGGCACUAUGUGAUGAGUUAUUGUUGAAGUUUGACACGAGGGAAACAUCUAGAAGGAGAGUGUUUUAUUUUCUUUGGACCUGUUGAUCAUCGGCGUGACAGACGAACACACACACACACACACACACACACACACACACACACACAGAGAGAGAGACUACCUGACCGACCAUCAACUAUGUUAUUGUCACGUGUGCUUCUCCUCACCUUGUCUCGCGCGCUGGCGCCUCUGUUCCUCUGCUACCUGCCGCAGGUCUCCGCACAGAAGCCCGGCUCGAGGUGGCUGAUCGGAGACAGAGACAGUCACUGUGGGGUCAUCUGCUCCCGGACGCAGGGGAAGCCGGUGUGCGGCUCGGACGGCCGGAGCUACGAGACCGGCUGCGAGCUGCAGAGGGCGCGCUGCAAAGACAAAGCGCUGACGCUGGCGCAUCGCGGCCGCUGCCGAGGUAGAAAUUGGGUGAAAAUCGAUCAGUUGCCGGCGGCUCCAGCGCCAACUUCCACACCGGAGGCGAGAGACCUGGAGCUCAAAGAUGCAGGUCAGUCCAAGUGUCGCGUUGAGAGGAACCAGGCUCUGGAACAAGCCAGGAGACCUCAGGAGUCCAUGUUUAUCCCAGAAUGCAACGAGGAUGGAACAUUUGCGCAGGUCCAGUGCCAUACUCUGACAGGCUACUGCUGGUGUGUCACCGGCGACGGCAAGCCAGUGAGUGGCUCGUCUGUGCAUAACAGGACCCCGGUGUGUUCAGGAAACUUCCGUGAAUUUAUGGGAACUCAUGCUGGGACAAGUGGAUUGUCAGGGUCAGUAACCGACAGACCGCCCGGGCCACCGAACUCUGGUAGAAAAGAUGAUGGCUCCAAGCCCACACCCACCAUGGAGACUCACGUCACCCCGGAGGGAGACGAGAUAACUGCUCCAACGCUGUGGAUAAAACAGCUGGUUUAUAAAGAGAAUAAGCAGAACAGCUCCACUUCCAGAAAGCAAGAGAAAGUUCCCUCUUGUGACCAGGAGCGACAGAGUGCACUGGACGAGGCUCGGCAGAACCCUGCCAUUUUCAUCCCCGACUGCGGGUCCGGAGGCCUUUACAAAGCGGUCCAGUGCCACCAGUCCACAGGCUACUGCUGGUGUGUUCUGGUGGACACGGGACGGCCCAUUCCUGGAACAUCCACCAGGUACGAGACGCCAGAGUGCGACGGCGCCGCGCGAUCUCGCAUCUCAGACGUUGAAGAUCCCUUCCAAGGCCGAGACCUGACAGGCUGCCCAGAGGGGAAGAAAGUGGAAUUCAUUACAAGCUUGUUAGAUGCCCUCACCACAGACAUGGUGCAAGCCAUAAACUCACCGGCCCCCUCCGGUGGUGGGAGGUUUGUGGAGCCUGAUCCCAGUCACACUUUAGAGGAGCGGGUGGUGCACUGGUACUUCGCCCAGCUUGACAACAACGGCAGCCACAACAUCAACAAGAAGGAACUCAAGCCGUUCAAGAGGUACCUGAAGAAGAAAGCCAAACCCAAGAAAUGCGCCCGCAAGUUCACCGACUACUGUGACCUGAAUAAGGACAGAGCCAUUUCCCUGCAGGAGCUGAAAGGCUGCCUGGGCGUCAGCAAGGAGGGUAGCUCAUCAAGUGGCAACCAAGGGCCGAGGCAAGGGACAAAAUUGUUCAUAGGUCGUCUGGUGUGAGGAGAGCAGGAUCCAGAAGCUGAGACGAGAGCAGAGGGCACAGAGGGAAGGCAUCUGUACGCUUGCUGACAGGAAAAAGAAAGAUGGAGCAGAAAAAUUAAGAAGUUCUGGAGUUUAAAAAAAAAAAAAAAAACAAGAAAAGAAAAUGAAGCGGCGCCAAAAUAUUUGCACUUUUUCCUCCCAAUGUUUGACAUUCUAUCUGUUUGACCGUGUUUUUUCUUCUUCUAGUUUUUUUUCCUUUUCUUGAAGUGACUGCAAAGGUCUGGCUAAGAAUGAGAAUAUAUUUGUAAAGAGAUCACCACUGGACGAUGUGUAGGGUACCACAUUUCCCCUCGUGUUUUUAGUCCUCGCAUCACAGGAACUAACACACAUUGUGUGGCUACUAAAUUAAACUUACAUUUCCCCUGUUACACAUCGCGGGCCCACAGGCCUGUGGUCGGUCCCUAAAGAGCAGCUUACAGGCAAAUGUUGCUCGAUACUGAAAAAGGAGGAGCUGUGGCGAUGUAGGUUUAAACCAAUGACCAUGAAAUCUAAUUCAUCAGCACACAAUUAGCUGAUGAAUUGCACUGCACAGAACCAUCUAGAUACGUUAACAUGUUGGCUUCAGAAUCAGCUCUUGGUGAACAAUGUGGGCUGGUUACACAACGAGCCCAUCACGGUGUUUCUAGCUUUUAGUUUUACUCGAUUAUCAAUGUGUUGUCCGUCACAAGACGCCUCGAGGCUUUCAUGUUUUUUUCUUCUACUUUUGUGUAAAGUUUGUGCUAACAGAAAUAAUUGUAAUUAAGACUGCAAGAAGUAACAGAUUUUGGAACAUGUGUAGCAGCUGUCAGUAACAACAACGGUAGUAAGAGUACUUUUAAAGUCACGCCCCCCUCCCAGUACUGGUACAGAAUAUACAGUCUUAGCAGUAUACUAACUAAUGAGUUGAGAGCAAUUAAAAAAAAAAGAAUAAAGGGCGGCAGAGUUGCGUGUUAAUCCUCUUGAGUGUUUGUCAUAUGAGAAACUCUUUUCCCAAUCCAUUGGAUGUAAUGUUGAUAUCUAAAAUCAUAAGUUUUUCUAAGUUCAAACCACAAUGAAAGCCAUUGGUUUACACAUAACUUGUGUCACUCUGUUGUUUUAAUGUGUCAUUUUAUGGCUAGUUUUACUGCCCUACUGAGUUCACUAUUCAGUUGCUACUCAAUCAAACCGCUAAAGACUAUUUCCAGUUUGUUUUUGUUGUUUUUUGUUUGGUGAUCGUGGGUUCAGAGGGUUUCCACUGGCUACCUUUACGAGUUACAAUAACAUCAACACAUCUCUGACAAAGACCCCCCUGGUGGGGAUUUUUAAUUUUCCAAAACAGAUCACAGUCCAGAGAAUGACGUUUAAAUAUUCGUAUUAGAACCGGGAAAAAGAGGUUGCACAGAUGACUAAACCCGACCAGGAACUGGAGGAAGAUGUUUACACGGCUCGGCAUCCCGUUAAUAUCGGCUCAUUUCACCCGUCAUGCUCACGUUUAUUCCAGUCAUUGUGAACAAGAUGUGGCAUUUCCAAAUGCCAGUUCCUAAAAUAAAUAUUUGAGUCUCCCCCCAGUAAUUUCAGAGUACAUUUUGUGUAUGUAAACACACGUAUUGUCUGUCCUGCUCUCACCACACAUACUUGGAGCUUUGCCACCUAAUGCAAGACAAUGCAGUGUGUCUCUUUAAAUACCCACAAGGGAAUCAGAAAACACACAGAAAAGACCCUAUGAACAAGUUUUGGGAUUAACAUAUUAUUUCUUCCUCACAUUUGGGAACAAUUGAGUUUUAAAAAUUGGAGAAUCGUGAGUUUUCUAUUGUGGUCUGAAUGCUUGUGCAUUUGUUUGGAGUUGUGUAUUUCUUAUAUGUUUAUAUCAC